UGGGUCUCUGUAUACCAACAAACCAAGAGGAAGGCAACUGUACGGGCGCCACAGAGAGAACAACUCCGAAGUUCUGAAUACUAAGAAACACAAGAGGAACAAACUUUGCAGAAGGAGAAACUCCGAAGACCUGCAGCAUACAGAAAUUACAUUUACCAAAUCUCAAAACAAAUACUCAACACAUCAACAUGAAUAUUGAGACUAUAAUAACGCUUGUCAUAUAUGUGGCGUGCGUAGGGAUAUCUGAGGUUAGGGGUCAUGGCCGACUAUUGGAACCCCCGGGUAGGGCCAGCAUGUGGAGGUUUGGCUACAACUCUCCCCCAAACUACGACGACAAUCAACUUUUCUGUGGAGGAUUUAACCGUCAGUGGAAAAUCAAUGGCGGGAAAUGUGGAGUUUGUGGUGAUCCCUGGGACGGAGCUCGUGUUCAUGAAGCUGGCGGGAAAUACGCUACUGGAACUAUUGUCCGCCAUUACAGUGAGGGACAGACAAUUAGUGUCAAUGUUCAGAUAACGGCGUCACACAAGGGCUACUUUGAGUUCCGUCUGUGUCCUCACAACAACCCCAGUACCCGUGUGUCCCAGGCGUGUCUGGACCAACACGUCCUACAACAGACUGACGGCAGCACUCGAGUGUACGAGGCUGGUCAUCCCACCAACUACACGAUCCACCUCAAACUUCCGGCAGGUGUCACGUGCUCACAAUGUCUUCUUCAGUGGAAAUAUAAUGCAGGGAACUCGUAUGGCUGUGACGGAAGCCAUUGCUGUGUCGGAUGUGGAGAACAAGAACAGUUUUACGGCUGCGCUGACGUCAGUGUAGGAUCUACUGGCAGUUCGUCAUAUUCAUCCGGACAGAUGCCCUCGUCUGUCCAUCAUCCGGUCAACGUUAUACCUCAAGGACAAACACAACCUUCGGGAUUUCAUUUCCAGCUUCAGUCCUCUGCCCAACUACAGGGACAAUACAUACAGAACCAUCAGCCCAUUAGCUAUGUUCCAAAGAACACCUAUCACGUCAUAUCCGGCAACCUGUUUUCCGGUGGAAGCGGAAGUCAUCAGGAGCCGUGUAAGGCUACCCCUCGAUACCGAGCAAUAUAUCAGUACGCCGACCAGUACUGUGCGGUACAGUGUAGUAGAGGCAACUGUCCAGCUGAACAGUAUUGUACAUCGGCUUGUAGGAGUAUGACUGGUGGAAUAUAAUAGGCACAUGUACAUUAGUAGUAAUAAUGUUUAACACUUUGAUAACGUUUUGUUUAUGUCCAAUGUGUUGUUUUUUGUGUUCGUGUUACGUGUGUAAGAAGUUAUCGAUGUAAUACAAUAUUUUGUCAUUUUUGUAGAUGAAUAUGCUUAUUUUGCAUAAUACAAUGUCUUUGCCAAAUUAUGAUACACUGUCGUUGUUGUAUAACACUAUAUGUAUUGUCGUUCUAGUGGAUUCUUCUAGUUAUUACACCCAUAAGUGUUUUGUGGUGUAUCAUGAGUUUGCCAUGUCAUCUUUACAAUGAACCAUUCCAAUUCUGACAUGACAGUGUAUGUUUUACAGAUUAUGUGAUUUUACACUUUUGUAAUAAAAUUUAAAACCAAACUA